AUGGCCUCGAGGGCAACCUCUCAUGUCACUGCCUUCCGCAUGCUGGCUAACACCCAGCACGGCAUGACAGUUGCGCAAGUGCGCCUCCUUUAUCUCACCACCAUCCUCCCUGUCCUUACUUUUGGCAGCCCCAUGUGGUAUGACCCAUGGGGACCACGCUCACUCUUUCUCCCUCUCCAGCAGGUUGCCCUCAACCUUAUCUCCAGCAUCCUGCCGAUGCGCCAGCAGCUCGACAAACUCAAUGGCUUAGCUGCCACCUGCCUGCUCACCCUCCCCUCGAAUCAUCCCGUGUCUCACUGCCUCGCAGCGAACCAUUCUGCCCACCCACCAAACUUCUCCCUCCUCAACCCCAACAUCCCCGUGCAUUAUGGCAACUCUGCGGUGGACGUCCUCGAAUGCGAACUGCCUGACUGCACUGUGCAACUUCACCCAUGGCUCCAACCUCCGUGGGUGUCCGCUCACCCAUGGAGAGACUGUGUCUCCAUCACCAUCCCUCCCCCUACUAAGGAGGGUUCUGAGGACUAUUUACAUACUUUCUUUUACCCUCUUCUCCAUUCUUCUAUCCCAUCCCCUGAGGCCUUGUGGGUCUUCACAGAUGGUUCCCAGGUCGACACACUGGCGCUGGCCCUCCACAAUUGA